AUGAUACAUGUAAAAUCCAAAAGGCUGAACCAUACAACAAAUGAACUGAGUGAAGGUCGCCAGUACUACCACCAGCUUGCCUCAAUUUUCUGUAUUAUGGGAGACAAUCCAGAUAUAGCGGCGUUAUAUCCGCCUCCUCCACCGUUCUACAAGUUCUUUACGUGUGAAAAUGUGUCUACUUUCAACUCACUUCGACAAUCCGGGAAAUCGGACAAGGAAAUAAGUGAAAUACAAGAUAUCAAAUUCUUGGUGCCACCCCAGCGACCUAAUAAGGAUCAGUAUAGGAGUUUUGGUGAUAUUUGGUGGUUUAAAGAUAAAUACGUCGGACUAAAAGAGAGCGGGGUUCAGCAGAUUUAUGAUGACGCAUCACCGCCAUCAGCGGGCAGCCAAGCGAACACAUCCACGACUGAAAACGUUCUUAUAGAAAACGUCAACAAAGAUACAGAAAAUAUCGAAAAUGAGGAAGAAAUAGAGGAAGUGUUUAGCGGAACACGUAUAGACGAAUUGAAGAAGAUGACCAAGUCUUUACUAUUAAACUAUCUUGAAUUGGUUGGUCUGCUGGCUAAAAACCCAGCACUCGCACAGCCAAAAAUAGACCAUAUUCGAACAAUCCUAAUUAACAUUCAUCAUCUGCUUAACUCGUAUAGGUUACACCAAAGUAGGGAAACACUGAUAAUCAAAUUGCAGAAGAAACUCGAAGAAACAAAGACCGAAACAUUAGGGAUUCACGAUACCUGUUCUAGAGUGGAAAAAAAACUUGACCAGCUGGUUAACAGGUUGGAAGAGUUCAAAGCGGGAAAUAAGGCCAACUCGGAUGGAAACCAAUAA